UUUAACCUGUAUAGCAGUUACAGAAACAGCAAAGGUACCAGGUCGAGGGGCCUCAAAUCUGAAGACAGGGAAAGAUCCUAGAAGCAGAACUGGUAUCUAUAAGACAUUAAGUCCGGGCAUAGGGACACCACACAGUAUAGAGUGUCAGCGCCGGCGGCCGCAACAAACAGCAUGAGGAGGGCAGCGCUUGCGGGUGAUAUGGCUUUUCAGUAGGAGGUCCGAUGAAGCACUAGACGUGUGAAACAGCUGUUGCCUCCUAUUCAGCUGUACACCCCUACUUUUGUUUUGUCUCCCACGUGUCAACAUUGUCAGAAGUUAUGGUCCAUGAGCUCCCAGCUGAGGAGGGAAAGUCCAUUUGGGAACUGGUCGCAGAACAGUUUGAAGAUCUGCUUGUCCGAAUUCUGUUGCUGGCUGCUGUCAUAUCUUUUGUGCUGGCCUGGUUUGAAGAAGGUGAAGAGACAAUCACAGCUUUUGUGGAACCCUUUGUCAUUCUGCUGAUUCUCAUCGCUAAUGCAGUUGUAGGAGUCUGGCAGGAAAGAAAUGCUGAAGAUGCCAUUGAAGCUCUUAAGGAGUAUGAGCCUGAGAUGGGAAAAGUUUACCGUAGUGACAGAAAAUCGGUACAAAGAAUAAAGGCAAGAGAGAUUGUGCCUGGUGAUAUUGUGGAAGUAGCAGUUGGUGACAAAGUCCCAGCUGACAUCAGACUCAUCAGCAUUAAAUCCACCACCCUGCGUAUUGACCAGUCCAUCUUGACAGGAGAAUCCGUCUCUGUCAUCAAACACACAGAUCCUGUUCCUGACGCCAGGGCUGUCAACCAGGACAAGAAAAACAUGCUGUUCUCUGGUACCAAUGUAGGAUCUGGUAAAGCCAUUGGCAUUGUCAUUGCCACUGGAGCCAGCACUGAAAUUGGUAAAAUUCGUGAUGAGAUGGCCGCCACAGAACAAGAGAAGACCCCACUUCAGCAGAAACUUGAUGAGUUUGGCGAGCAGCUGUCCAAAGUCAUUUCCCUCAUCUGUGUUGCUGUAUGGAUGAUCAACAUUGGACACUUCAAUGACCCCAUCCAUGGUGGCUCUUGGAUCAAAGGAGCUAUUUAUUACUUUAAAAUUGCCGUGGCUCUGGCUGUAGCUGCUAUUCCUGAAGGUCUCCCCGCUGUAAUCACCACUUGUCUGGCCUUGGGUACAAGACGUAUGGCUAAGAAGAAUGCAAUUGUCAGAAGCUUGCCCUCUGUGGAAACUCUUGGUUGCACAUCAGUCAUCUGCUCUGACAAGACUGGCACUCUGACCACUAACCAGAUGUCUGUCUGCAGGAUGUUUGUCCUUGAUAAAGUUGAGGGUGAUGUCUGCUCCCUGAAUGAGUUCACCAUCUCUGGCUCCACCUAUGCCCCCGAAGGAGAAGUUAUGAAGAAUGAUAAGGUUGUGAAGACUGGUCAGUAUGAUGGGCUAGUGGAAUUGGCCACAAUCUGUGCACUUUGCAAUGACUCUUCUCUUGACUUCAAUGAGACCAAAGGAGUGUUUGAGAAGGUCGGAGAAGCCACUGAGACUGCCUUGACAACUCUUGUUGAAAAGAUGAACGUAUUUAACACAGAAGUAAAGAGCAUGUCCAAAGUCGAGCGUGCCAACGCCUGCAACUCUGUUAUCAAACAACUGAUGAAGAAAGAAUUCACCCUAGAGUUCUCCCGUGACAGGAAGUCCAUGUCCGUCUACUGCACACCCGCCAAAGCCUCCCGUGCUGCAGUUGGUAACAAGAUGUUUGUGAAGGGUGCCCCAGAAGGUGUCAUUGACCGUUGCAACUACGUACGUGUGGGCACAACACGUGUACCUCUCACUUCUGCUAUCAAGGAUAAAAUCCUGACUGUAAUCAAGGAAUGGGGCACAGGUAGAGACACCUUGCGUUGUUUGGCUCUUGCUACAAGAGACACCCCACCAAAGAGAGAAGACAUGCUCCUUGAGGAUACCACCAAGUUUGCUGAUUAUGAGAGUGAUUUGACAUUUGUCGGCUGCGUGGGUAUGCUGGAUCCCCCUCGUAAGGAAGUCAUGGGCUCAAUUCAACUUUGUCGUGAAGCUGGUAUCCGUGUCAUCAUGAUCACUGGUGAUAACAAGGGCACAGCCAUUGCCAUCUGUCGUCGUAUUGGCAUCUUUGGUGAAAAUGAUGAUGUAUCAGGACGUGCCUACACUGGUCGUGAAUUUGAUGAUCUGCCCCCAGCAGAACAAAGAGAAGCCUGCAAACGUGCUUCUUGCUUUGCCAGAGUCGAGCCAAGUCACAAAUCCAAGAUUGUUGAGUUCCUGCAGUCCUUCGAUGAAAUCACAGCUAUGACUGGUGAUGGUGUAAAUGAUGCCCCAGCUCUUAAGAAAGCUGAGAUUGGUAUUGCUAUGGGUUCUGGUACUGCUGUGGCUAAGACAGCCUCUGAAAUGGUGUUGGCUGAUGACAACUUCUCCACAAUUGUGGCUGCAGUAGAAGAGGGUCGUGCCAUUUACAACAACAUGAAGCAAUUUAUCCGCUACCUCAUUUCCUCCAAUGUAGGAGAGGUCGUCUGUAUCUUCCUUACUGCUGCUUUGGGUCUCCCUGAGGCUUUGAUCCCUGUGCAACUGCUCUGGGUAAACCUGGUCACUGAUGGUCUUCCUGCUACAGCCCUGGGCUUCAACCCCCCCGACCUGGACAUCAUGGACAGACCACCCCGUAGCCCCAAGGAACCCCUCAUCAGUGGCUGGCUCUUCUUCCGUUACAUGGCCAUUGGAGGCUAUGUGGGUGCUGCCACUGUAGGUGCUGCUGCUUGGUGGUUCAUGUGCGCUGAUGAUGGACCUCAAGUGUCUUUCUACCAGCUGAGCCAUUUCAUGCAAUGUACAGAGGACAAUCCUGACUUUGAGGGUCAUGAAUGUGAAAUCUUUGAAUCUCCAGUUCCCAUGACCAUGGCUCUGUCCGUGUUGGUGACUAUUGAGAUGUGCAAUGCUCUUAACAGUCUUUCAGAGAACCAGUCUCUGAUCAGAAUGCCCCCAUGGGUCAACAUUUGGCUCCUGGGCUCCAUCUGCCUCUCCAUGUCCCUCCACUUCCUGAUCCUUUACGUUGAUCCUCUGCCAAUGAUCUUCAAGUUGACACCCCUGGACGUUACUAAGUGGCUUGUUGUACUGAAGAUGUCUUUCCCUGUCAUUCUAUUGGAUGAACUUUUGAAAUUUGUUGCCCGUAACUACCUUGAAGACAGAGAACAUCUGCAGUAAAAGGAAUUCAGCUUUUUACUGAAACACGUCAGAUCUCAGCCCACAUAUGCCCACAUAUCCAUUAAGACUUUCUCUAUCCCCUCCUAACAAUUCAUCUUGUUUCCCUUCAACACAUCACUGCCAAAUCUCCACCUGUCUUCCCAAAGUCCGUACAUCCUGGUGUAUGCCAGGCGUGAUUACAAGGGCUCUGUUACUGAUGGGCUGUUUUUCUGUUUCCAAGUACCUUUUUAAGUUUUGCUUCCAGUCAUCUUGCCCCUUUUUUAUAGCGCUCCCCUCCCGUUUCUCCUGUUAAAUCAGCAUUCAAGUGAAGGAAAACGUCAUACAGCUGGAGAAUACCUGGACUAAGAAUGUAUUGCCCCCCCAAAGUCUAUUCCAACAGUGAAUGUCACAGUCGUUGUUUUGUAAAUUGCAGCGUCAUGUUAUCCUGAUCGCAGCCCUUCGAGGGAGUUGCAGCUUGUAGCAAAGAAAAAAAAAAGGAAGCGAGAAAAACCAAAUGAAAACUGUUCUAGCUAUUUAUUAAAAUUAAAUAAUAAGUUAAACUAACAAUUGUAGCACGUAUGUUUUCUUCUGGGGGAGUGUAUCUCAUUUGAUAGAGGGUCUUUUACAGCUUCGUUCACAACUGAAUUUGAGCCUAUAUCAGACAUCUAUGUCACAA